AAAACAGAUGUCGUCAACAGGGACUAUUCUAUCUGAGUGCACAGAGGUGUAUAAUAUUCUCAAUCAGGUUGGGCAGUACCCAAGGCUGAGUGAUCCCAAUUAUUUGCUUCUUUUGGAUACAAGACAACGCCAUGACUACAAUGAAAGCCACAUUAUAACAGCAAAAUUUGCCCCAAGGAAUGACAUUGGUGCUUUCACUGUUCCUCAUGAUGCGGAGUUGCAGACCAAGGAACAUGUUGUAGUUUACGACAGUAACACUGGUUCACUUAAAGACAAAAACAGCACUGCUUUGUCUUGUGCCAAACUGAUGUGGGAAAUGGGAAGCAAGAAUCCUGUAAAAGUUAUCCAAGGUGGAUAUGAGGAGUUUUCAGCAUUGUACCCAUUUCUUCGUACUCAGAAGAUCAUUUACAUGCCCAGGGAGCUAGAUGUCAUCGACACUUAUCCAGUGGAGAUUAUACCUGGUUUCUUGUACGUGGCAACAUUCCUCCAGUCUCAGGCAGUGAGAGUAAUCAAGGAUCUCAAAGUCAAGGCAAACGUGAUUGUUGGAAAACAAAACGACACAAUGUAAGUGCCUUGUAUGAGGGU